AUGGCCACGGCUCGGGGAGUGCGGCCCCAGAGUGGGGCUCUGCUGUACUUACACCCGCGCCUGAAGCUCUGCAAUUUGGGGGAACGUGGGAUCGGCUAUGUAGCCACGGACACGGUGAAGCGUGGUGAGCUGCUGCUGGAGGAGGUUCCGUUUGUUUGGGACAGCGGCUCUGACCGCGAUGUGCCUGACCUAAAGCCCGGCGCUGAUUGGAUCCAGAAGUCCCGGCUCCUCCAGGACUUCCAGACGGACCUCUUGGCUCAUGAGACGCCCGAGGCGCGGGCCCUGCACAUCGCGUCCCGCUACGCCUUUCGCACCUUCCGGCCCUGCGCCGAUGGCGCCUACCCAGCCAUGCUCUUCCGUGCUUGUAGCCGCUUCAACCACUCCUGCUUCCCAAAUGCAGGAGGGCACCUGGCGCCGGGAGAGCUUUCUGCAUCGGUGUCUGAGUAUAAGGUGACGUCGUUCAGCGUGUAUGCGCUGGAGGAGAUAAGGUCCCGCGAGGAGGCAUGCAUCUGCUACUUGGCAGAUUCCGAGCAGCUGGCACCCCUUCGGGUUCGGCGUGCCAGCCUUCAGGCUGGCUGGGGCUUCACGUGCCGCUGUUGCCGCUGCGACGGGGGACGUCCUCUGGACAGACGCUUGGAAGGCGUGGACGCCGAGUUCGGUGGCCCUGAGUUUGACCGCAAGCGUGCGGCCGCUGCUGCCAACUUGGAGUACCGGGCGCUGUUCGAUGCCUCCUACGAGAAGUAUGACCCCCCUACAGACUUUGAAAGCACAGUCCAGCGACUGACGCGAUUUCGGGAGGAGCACCGCUUUCUAGACAAAGCCCACACGCUCUCACAGCGCAUUCGCCAGGAGCUCAUCGCAGCCUUCCUAUUGUCCGGCCCAGACGGAGAGGUUGCACACCAGUGCGCCGCUCCCGCAUUGGCGCUAUUGAUAGAGGAGAUGCACGUGCAGCAUGCGAUGCUUCCAAGCUUGAGCCCAUGCAAAGUGGCUCCAUACGUGCAGUUUUUGCAGCUGCUCAAGCACGUGUCGGAGGAAGAAGUUCGGUGGUGUGUCAGCGACCUAAAGAUGGACGGCUGCGAGCUGCAGCACCAGCAGAGCCUUUGGCUGCACAACCUGCCAGAAGCACACCGCCUAGGUGUGUCAGAACCUCGGAACCUUCCCCCAAGGCCAGUGCUGGGGGCUCCUUUGCGCACAGGGCCACAGGCUGCCCCAGGUUCGGCUUGUGGUCCUGGAGUUGGGCUGCACGCUCGGCCCUGGCACAUGGGAUGUAUCGCCGCGAGGUGCUCCAAGCACUGGCCCGGUAAGAGUCGGAAGCGGCAGAGGCCAAGAUUGGAUGCAAGCGGUGACAGCGAGGAUGAGAUGCCGCCACUGCACCAGGCCCAGGCUCCCAGCGUGGAGACGAAGCAGCUUCCUGACCUCUGGGACGCCUACGCAGGCUUUGGCCAGCCCAGCAAGGAGGCGAGGAGGUUGCGAGGAGGCCGCCGGGAGAAGAAGGCUGCAGAGUCCUGGUUCAAGUUCAGGAUCGCUGGGGAGACAACCAUGGCUCACGCCCUGUUGGAGCCCACAGCCUUUCUUGUGGGCGACACACACGACCAGGGCGACGCCUUCGGCGCCCGGUGCUUGCUCUCCGAGGGCCCGGCUUUCCUGGGCCGCGCGCAGGCGCUGAGGCCGGAGACCGUUCCUCUCCUGAGGCGGAAGCGCUUCCGCCGGGCAUUCGCGAAGCAUCGGGAAGCCAUUCGCAUGGCAGCCGGUGGUGCAGUCCGGGACAGCAAGGGCCAUGAGCACGAGGUGUUUCAGAAGCUGGCUACCUGGUUGGUCAUGGUGGACGCCUGGUUUGAAAAUCUGCCGCUGCUGGCCAGCCUUUCAUCUCUGAGGGAGUCCCUGGUGGCCCACAUCGUACCGCUGACAUCCUGGCUGGUCCGACCGCACCGGCGUCCUCUUCUGGGCCGAGCGAUGCCGCCCCCGGAUCCCCCGGAUGCAGUCCUCAGGGAUCAGGAGAAGCUGCUCCAGGGCUUUCUGCAGCGCGGCCCGGCCCCUGCGGCCAAGGCAAGGGCUCCUGAACGCAGGGAGUCGCGGCCGAAAAAUGUGGAGGCUGUGCCCCUUUUGGUGGGCCGCUGGUUGAAGGAAAACUCGAACCUGCACUUCGAGGAGCGGAAGGCUGCUACGGCGGUGGAGACUGACAGGUUGUGCGAGGUUCGGAUUGAUGAGCUUUUUGGCGGGGAUUCUGGAACGCUGGUGUACUCCAGUGACGAGGAAGAUGUAGUAGACUUGAGCCCCACAUCAAUGCAUGCUGCUCCCUACCCGUAG